AUGGAGAUAGAAUAUAAUUUUGUUUACAAAGACACUUUUAACUAAAACUCAAAUUUAGAUUAAAAUCAUUUUUUUUACUUUUACCAUAAUUAAAUUACAUAACAUUAGAAAGCAAACAAUAAGAAAGUCAUUUCUAAUGAAUAAAGUGAUAAUUCUUCUACAUAUAAUUUUGAUCAUAGUGCUUUGGAAUUAAGAGAUAUCUAUAAUAAUUACAUUGAUUUAGAGUUUAGAGGAAAUUUUAAAUAUAAAAAAAGUGAUGAACGCCCACUUCGUAUUCAACAAAAUAUUAAUCUUGGUUUAUUUGGUUUAGAUCGAAUGAAAUUAUGGACAGGAAUGACAUUAAUGAGUGAUGGAACUUUGAGAUUAUGCUCCUCACUUGCAUCAUUGAGUUUUAAUUAUUAGCAAUAAAUUGUAGAAUGUGUUGAAGAUAAAAAGAAUCUGGGUGUUGUGGAUUUACAUUUUACUACAAAUAGUACGAUUCGCUAGUCUUCGAUUGAAGAAGCAUUAAACUUUCUAAGAAAGAAGGAGGGAAUUUAAUUUAGAUAAAUCGAAACAGAUCUUAAAACAAUAUAUAAUAAAGUAAAGAAAUAACAUGAAGAUGUUUAACGUUUAAGACUCACUGAAGAAUAACUUAUUAUGAAGGACUAAGAAUUUAUUGAAUUUAUCGAUUGCUGCUACGAAUAUUUAAACUAGAAUUUUAAUAAUGAAAAUUAAACAAAUAUGUUUUGGUAUUCUAUGGGCAGAAUAAAUUUCAGAUAAAAGGACAUUCAAGUCAUUAAAACAGGAUUUUCUAAGAGUUAUUUGGAAUUAAUUGGAUUGAAUUAAGAUUCUUUGAGUACAAUUUACCUUCGUAAAUAACAAGUAGACUUAAUAAAAGACUAGUCAGACAGAAUCAUGUAUACUUUCUCAGGCAUAGAGUCUAAAUGCAAAAUGAUUGAUUAGGAAGAACAAUUUGUUAAAAUCCAAACUUUUGAUGGAUUUCCUUUAGUUUUGCUCUAGAAAAAGAGAUACUUAAAACUACCUAUUCAUAAGAACUGCUAGCAAUACAUGAAAAAUGAAUAUUUUUUCUCAGUUAUAGAAAUGGAUGUAGAUAUUGAUAGCUUACAAAGAUUAAUUUAGUACAGAUAAAAAAUAUUGUUAAAUCCUAAUAAUCUUACAAUAGAUGAAUUCAUCGAAAAAGAGCUUUCAUAUAAAUUCGAAGAUGUUGAAUAUUCUAUCCACUCUUAAAACUUUUUAGAAAAAUACUACAAAGAAAAUCUAGACAAAAUGUUUUAAAUAGAGGAAGAACUACAAAAUAAAAUUAGAUAAAGAUAAUGUGGAUAUAAAUAAAUUAAGAAUACUCCAUUAAUUGUAUAACAUUGA